AUGUCUCUCCAGCUUUCCAACCUGUUCGGCGUUAAGGACAAGUCAAUUGCAGCGAUCGCGGAGGGCUUUUCUACCAAUGGUGCCAAAGUCUACAUCACGGGACGUCGUGUUGAAGUCCUUGAGAAGGCCGCGGAAGAACUACGUGGAAGGGCGACACUCGGUGGACAAGUUAUACCCAUCAAGGGCGAUGUGAGCACAAAAGACGGCUGUGCCCAGCUUAUUGAACAAAUCAAGCAGAAGGAAAACCAUGUUGAUGUGCUUAUUAGUAAUGCUGGUCUGCCUGGGAAGACGGACUAUCCUCCUUGGAACCCCAAUGAUCCCGACGCUGUUGAAAAGGGGCUGUGGGAAAGUGUCGACGACGAAACCUUUACCACAACCAAUAAUGUCAAUAUCAGUGGUGUCUAUUUCACCACUGUGGGAUUUCUUCCGCUGCUGCGAAAGUCUUCGGACCCCAGCGUGAUUGUGAUUGCUUCCUUGGCCGGGAUUGCCAACCAAAGGACCGUGGGAACGGUGACUUAUGGUGCUUCGAAAGCUGCAGGUACGCUUAAUUGCCGGCCAUUCGUUCCUUCUACGCUAGCUAACUCUGUCUCAAAGCUCUUCACGUAUCGAAGCUCCUGGCUGGUAGAUUUUCUCCGUAAUAUGAAAGUCCGCGUUAACUGCAUCUGUCCCGGAAUUUUCCCUAGCGAAAUGACGUUCGCUGAUACCACUGGCAACGCGGAAAACCUCAAUCCCGUCUCAGAAGGUGCUGCUAAGCGGGCUCCUGCUGGGCGCCCCGGAUAUCCCGAAGAGAUUGUCGGACCGUGUCUGAUGCUGAGUUCCAAAGCCGGGGGCUACAUGACCGGAGGCUACCUCUUGGUUGAUGGUGGUAGAGCGAUGAGCGCAUCCAUCAACGAUGGAAUCCACAUGCCAGAGGACACUUACGUGUGGUAA